UUCGUCUCCUCCGUCUCCUACCUCUGUCGCCUCUGUUAUCCCCAACCUCUUCCUCUCGGCUCUCUCUCCCAUAAGGCCGGCCACCACAAAGAGGUCGACAUCGUUCGGAGCUCUCUCCACCUUAUCUCCCCAACAGCCGCUCUCUCUUUUGUAUCCCCCACUUUAUCCCCCGGUGACGAAACAUCGAGACCGCAUCGGCCACCGACGAUGCAAGGAGGACGAAGCACGACUUCUUCCCAUCCCGGCCACCGGCGCUGCAAAGUCGAUGUUGCGGCGCAGCAUAAGCCGUCGUAGUUCUGCAAGGCGGGCUCGGCGCUGUGAGGCGGGAGCGCGGGCUGCUUCUUCGGUGGGCGGUGGAGCUACAACUCAACGGGCGUGCCGCUGCGCGGCGACGGCGGAGCUGCAACGUGGGUGGUGAGCGGAGGAGCUGCAACGCGGGUGGUGAGCGGAGGAGCUGCAGCGCAACGGCCAUGGUGUUGCGCGUCGGCGACGGAGACGCAGGGCAACGACCAUGGUGUUGUGUGCCGUCGGCGGAGCUACAGUGCAUGUCGGGGUGCUGUUUGGAACGCCCGUCAUGCUGCGACCCGGGUCUCACCACUGGUGGAGCUGCAUAGCAACACGCAUGGUGCUGCGAGUCUGCGACACAGGUUCGUCAUAGGAUUUCGCUGGUGGCAUCGAGGACCAUUGCAUUGCAGCUCCGGCGGCGUCGAGGACCGCUGCAUCGCAGCUCCAGCGGCGUCGAGGAACGCUGCAUCGCAGCUCCGGCGGCGGCGGCGGCUGCUGCAUCGCAGCUCCGGCGGCGACGCGUCCGCUGCGUCGCAGCUCUGACAGCGGCUGCUGCUGCAUCGCAACUCCGGCGGCCUUGCUGCAUCGCAGCUCCGGCGGCCUCGCUGUAUCGCAGCUCGGGCGGUGGCGUCCGUUUGCAACGCAGCUCCGACGAACUUGCUGUACCGCAGCUCGAGUGUCGUCGUGGCCGUUGCAUGGCAGCCGCUGCCUGCAUGCUGAUGGCCUGAUGGGCGUGCUUGGAGCGCCACUCUUGGGCGCUGCAUGGCGAGACAAAAUGAACGGCUAUUAUAUGCACAAUCGGACGGUUAUUAAGGCGGCUUAUAUUUGGGUGCUAUCAGCCGGCUUACGCCUAGCAUCGGCCCAUAUUUUAUCUCUCGGUUAUGAAACAGUUACACUUGGAAAAGCCUCGUAUUUUUGUUGAUUUCAAACAGCCCAUGGUAGGUGAACCAGACAGUGAAAACUCCUGACCAUUCCCAAGUCAUGCCCAAGGAAAUUGCAUAUUCUAGCGGAGCAUGUAUCUAUCGGGUAAGAAUCUACCUUUCAUUCGCUUCAAGAUCCAUGCAUUUUGGACUGAUAUGCAUGCGGUAUUUUAUGUAUUUGCUUUCCUCUUAUCUGGUAUAGCAAUUUUAAGUCACGUCACAGGGUCCCAUCACCAUUUUAUCGGAGAGAAGGGCGUAAUGUGCAUGCAUGACUGCCAUUCUCCAUUCUCCUCGCAUGAAAAAUAUUUUUUUGAGCAUAACGCUCAUAUACACGCGCAUACACUCACCCUUAUGAAUGCACACACGCACACCCUACCCUAUGAGCACCUCCGAGAGACUGUGCCGGCAUAUUAUCUUGAGAUUUAAAUCCAGGAAUAAUACGAGCACCAGAAUUUGAACCCUGAUGGGUUGGGGAUACCACUGUCAACCUAACCAACUCAAUCACAAGUUGAUUCGCGCAUGAAAAAUAUUAAUAUUAAUUUUUGUAGUCUUUUCUUAUAUGAUUUAUAUAUUUCAAAUUAGAAUUUGGUUUCUUAAUUUUCUAUGUAUAUUUGAAAUCCCGAUGAUAAGAUCUUUCAAACAAGAUCAAUAUUGAAUAUAUUUUAAAUUUGUUUAAUUUUUGCUGUUUCACAAAAUUGGUUGGAAUUGAAAUGAGUAACAAAAUUUAACUAUUUUUCUAUUUAUUGAAAUUGAAAUGAAUUUUAUAUAUCAUUUUAUGUCAUACAUUUCAAUAACAUAGUUACCAGAUGUAUUUCAAUACCAAAUCACUUUGUUACCAGAUGUGUAUUGGAUGCUUCACUAUCAGGUUAAUUUCACGAUCAUAUCAAUUUGUUAGCAUAUGCUCAAAUUUUUGUACCAGAUGCAUUCAUUUAUCAUACCAAUUUUAGUACCAUAUUAAUUUCAGUAACAUGCACAUAUUUCAGUUUCAGUAUUAUUUAUUUUAUUAAUAAAAUUUAGUACAACAUCCAUUUCAGUGACAUAAAAGUGAAACGCAGACGAUAGAUUUCAAUACCACAGGCAUUCCAAUACCAGAUGAGUUUGUUACCGGGUGCAUUUCGAUACGAUAUGCUUCACUACUAAGUCACUUUGUUGGCAUUUGCAUUUCACUACCAGAUGCAUAGUAGACCAUUUUUUUUUGGAAAUACCAUACCACUUUCAGUACCACAUCCAUUUCAAUAAGAUGCAUCUAUUUUCAAUUUUAGAACAACUUUAAAAAUAUAUUUUGAUAUAUUUAGGUAUUUAAAAUAUAGUAAAAAUCAUUGAUUUUAGACAUUUUAUAUAUAUUAAAACUAGGGAGUGGCUACAUAUCAAUCGACUGACACAAGAAAGAGGUCAGUCGAUUGGUACAACUCUGGACAAUGCGGCAACCCAAAAGAAAUUUGACUGACCAAAGUUUGGGGUCAGUCAGUCAGCCCAACAAAAACAGCAGGCUGAAAGCUUUCUGUUUCUGUUUCUGUCUUCAGAGUUUAGCCCAGAAAAGAAAACGGGCCAGAACCCGCUAAGCUAAAGAUCCAAAUAACUGACAGCUCACUAUGUCGUCCUCCUUGCGACUUUGCUUUCUUCCUUGACUCCCACCCAGCCGCCACCAUGGGAGGGGAAACAAACCUUAGAUCUCCUGUUGUCUUCUGAUAAUUCUGGUCAACUUGUGCCGACGAUUCUUGCUCUGUGCAUACUUCUCCUCCAAUCCCCAAGGUAUAGUUCUCUCUGUUCCAUACAGAGAUCUCAGAUCUGCUAGCAAAAAUGGAUGAUCCUUAAUUCGAAACCCAGAUCUCAGAUCUGUCAGCAGGAAGAACAAAAUGAAGAAGAAAGAAACCUGGUGGUAAAAGUUCUUGUGGUCAGUCAAAGGUACCUAAAAUUGCACAUCAUUCUCAGCAGCAAGAAUACGGAGAGAUUGCAGAUAGAAGUCAUGACAACAAGGUGCUGAAAAAUUUGUAUCAAGGCAACAAACAUAUGCAGAGACUUAUAAAAUCAUUCAGUGGAAUUUCUGAGGAUGCACUUUUGGGAUAAAACUUUGCUCGACAAUAGGACCUACACCCCAUUCCUAGACAAAAAGAAUCAAUUCAACAGGAAUCAGAUUUGCUCCAUUUAGGAAACCAAAGUUUGCAUACGAGUAAUGACAUGCUAGUACCACAAGGAGCGGCACAGUCUUACACAUAACUAAUGCAACAAAUGACAGUCAUGAGUCAUCUACAAAGCGACAACAUGGCAAUACCUAUAAGUAGUUUCACACCAUUCUUGACUGCGGGCAUAAAUUUUGAGCAUCAAGCAGCAGGACCAAGUGCAAGGAACAAUUGGCAACAACUUAAUGAUUGGGGACCAUAUUCUGUACCUUUAGACGAAGAGCAUGAAGAUGAUGCUGAAGGUAACAAUGAAGAUGAAGCAAAUCAUAGUGAGACUGAAUCUGGUGGUGAGCAUGAAGAUGACGAUGAAGGUAACAAUGAAGAUGAAGCAAAUCACAGUGAGACUGAAUCUGAUGGUGAGCAUGAAUUUGACUGCAACAGUGAUGAGAAUCGAAGUUAUCCAGAUGAAGCUUACAUAGAGUGCACUAGUGAUCAAAAUGAAACUGAUGCGGAGGAAGAUUUCCUGGAACAAAAUACGUUAUCCCGUGAUCAGUUUUUGGUGGAACACCAGCAUUCAGAGCUGCAAGAGUUGGAGCAAAGUUGGAACUAUUAGGAUUCAGUCAUUGAGCAGCAAAUGAUGACAACUGAUCAAGAAGUAAAAGUAAGGAGCUCUGAAGUAGCAUUGCAAGGCCCUGAUUAUGCAGAAACAACUGAUACAAAUGGCACUAGUGGCAGCGAUGAUUCAGAGUUUGAAGCAGAGCAGCUAAAAGAGGUGGAACAAGAAACAUAAAACUAUGAAAUAGAUAACAGUGCUGGUUAUGCACAAUCAAAUGAAGAGGAUCAGAACGAAACUGUUAGUCCAUCAGGCAAGGAUAGUCCAUCAGGCAAGGAAAAAAUUGUAGGAACUAGUAAGGAGCAGAUGAAAGAUGAAAACAAGUUAUCUCAGGAAGGUAUAGAAUUCUUCCUUGAGAAUGACAGCAUUAAAAAGGCAAUUAAAUUAAGCCAAGAAGAUGAGAAGAAACACAUGCCAGCUCUUGGCAUGACAUUUGAAAGUGAUGCUCAUGCACACCGAUUCUACAAUGAAUAUUCAGCUAUUGCUGGGUUCUCAAUUCAGAAAGCUGCAAACUAUCACUGCCAGAAAAAAGAUGCACACAACAACAAAAUGACGAGGUUCACUAUGAAGUGUAACAGAUCUGGUAAACCUAGGAUAAGGAUAAAACCAACAGCUGCAGGAGCAAAAAGGAGAAAGUAUAAGACUGCUAAGAAUGCACCAACUGAGCUAGAGAAUACGACAGACAGAAGAAGAAACUACACAAUUAAAACAGACUGUCAAGCUCAGAUGGUUGUUAUCUGGAAAUUCGAUAUAGCACAGUGGGUGGUGACAAGGCUUAUCAUUGAGCACAACCAUGAUCUACACCCACCAGGGGAAGUCAGGUUCCUUAGGUCACACAAAUAUAUCACUGAGCAAGAGAAGGACUUAAUCAGAACAUGCAAACGAGUGAACAUACCAACUAGAAAGAAAAUGGCAAUAAUGGCGUUCUUUCGAGGAAGAGAGCCUUCUUCGUUGCCAUAUACAGCAAAACUGAUUAGCAGCAUGGGCACGAAAAUGAGAAGAGAUAAUGGCUUGAAUGACAUGAUGCAGGUGGUCUCAUUUUUUGAACAGAAAAAAUCAGAAGAUCCUCUGUUCUUCUACUCAUUCAAAACCGAUCCAGCUAAGAAUGUCAUGCAUAUAUUUUGGGCAGAUGGCACUGGUAUAAGGAACUAUCAACAAUAUGGUAAUCUCCUAAGUUUUGAUACAACUUACAAAACAAACAAGUAUAAUCUAAAAUUUGCUCCAUUUGUGGGUGUAAAUGGACACGGAGACAACUGCCUCUUUGCAUGUGGUUUCAUACAAGAUGAGAAGAAGGAAACUUUCGAGUGGUUAUACAAACUUUUCUGAAGUGCAUGGGAGGGAAAGCUCCAAAAUCUGUGAUAACAGAUCAAGAUGCAGCUAUGAAAAAGGUAGUGCCUAAGUGUUUUCCUAGUUGCACGCACAUGAACUGUUUGUUCCACAUUCUAACAAAAGCGCAGAACAAAGCUAGAAGAACAUUUGCAAGGAACCAACAUUUGAACGCUCAGUUUCAUGACAUAAUCCUAAACUCACAAACAGUUGAGUAUUUCGAGCACCUCUGGCCCAAGAUGAUACAGCAACACAAUGUUCAACAUAUCAAGUACUUCAGGAUUAUGUGGAAAAACAGAAAGAGAUUUGUACCUGCGUACUUCAAAAAUGACUUUUCCCAUU